CUCGUCGUGGUUGGCGGCGGCGCCAUUUUGAAUUGGCUGAGGGUCGGAGGCGGUUGCUGCCGAACCGGACUCCGCGGCUCUCGAGAAAAUCACCGAGAAAGGAGGGAGGUCUGAAUAUGGCAGCGAAUAGGAACUUGAAGCAAGUGCGGAUCGAGAACAGCUCCCCAGCCGCGCCGCUGGGCAUGGUAGGGGGUGGUGGCGGCAACCUGAAGGGGUUGCGGGGCCUAGAAACGGAGAAUGAGGCAGCGGCGGCCAUGGCGCUAGUGCCGAGCAAAGAAGGUGGAGAUGAAGAGCAAGAGGUCGGGUUCACCAUCGAUAUCAAAAGCUUUCUCAAACCUGGCGAGAAGAGCUACACGCAGCGCUGCCGGCUCUUCGUGGGGAAUCUGCCUACUGAUAUCACCGAGGAAGAUUUCAAGCGGCUCUUCGAGCGUUAUGGGGAGCCCAGCGAGGUCUUCAUUAAUCGGGACCGUGGAUUUGGCUUCAUUCGCCUGGAAUCUAGGACACUGGCUGAAAUAGCAAAGGCAGAACUUGAUGGUACUAUUUUGAAGAGCAGACCACUUCGAAUUCGAUUUGCUACACAUGGAGCUGCCCUAACAGUCAAGAAUCUUUCACCUGUGGUUUCUAAUGAGCUGCUGGAACAGGCAUUCUCUCAAUUUGGGCCAGUGGAAAGAGCUGUUGUUGUAGUAGAUGAUCGUGGCAGAGCUACAGGAAAAGGUUUUGUAGAGUUUGCAGCCAAACCUCCAGCACGGAAGGCUCUAGAAAGAUGCAGUGAUGGAGCAUUCUUGCUAACAACAACACCUCGACCUGUUGUUGUAGAACCAAUGGAGCAAUUUGAUGAUGAAGAUGGUCUACCAGAGAAGCUAAUGCAAAAAACACAACAGUAUCACAAGGAAAGAGAACAGCCUCCACGCUUUGCUCAGCCGGGAACAUUUGAGUUUGAGUAUGCUUCACGGUGGAAGGCUCUUGAUGAGAUGGAAAAGCAACAGCGGGAACAGGUUGACAGGAACAUUAGAGAAGCCAAAGAGAAACUAGAGGCAGAAAUGGAAGCAGCUAGACAUGAGCAUCAGCUAAUGCUGAUGAGGCAAGAUCUCAUGCGACGCCAAGAAGAAUUGAGGCGUUUGGAAGAACUUAGAAAUCAAGAACUUCAAAAGCGCAAGCAGAUACAAUUGAGACAUGAAGAAGAACAUCGACGUCGUGAAGAAGAGAUGCUGCGCCAGAGGGAGCAGGAGGAAUUACGACGGCAGCAGGAGGGAGGAUUUAAGCCAAAUUUCAUGGACAAUAGAGAACAGGAAAUGAGAAUGGGUGAUAUGGGCCCUCGUGGAGCAAUAAACAUGGGAGAUGCGUUUAGCCCAGCACCUGCUGGUAACCAAGGCCCUCCUCCAAUGAUGAGUAUGAAUAUGAACAACAGAGGAACUUUACCUGGCCCUGCAAUGGGUCCUGGUCCUUCCAUGGGACCAGAAGGAGCUGCAAAUAUGGGAACACCAAUGAUGCCAGAUAAUGGAACAGUGCAUAAUGAGAGAUUUCCUCAAGGAGGUCCAUCACAGAUGGGUUCACCUUUGGUUAGUAGAACGGGCUCUGAAACUCCUCAACCUCCAAUGAGUGGUGUAGGUGCCGUGAGUGGUGGACCUGGUGGCUUUGGUAGAGGAAACCCGGGGGGCAACUUUGAAGGACCUAACAAGCGUCGCAGAUACUAAAGCAUAUUUCAUUCCUUACUGUUUAGAAAUUCCAGUAAAACUAUACAAUGAUAUGCCUUUAUAAUUUUAGCUGUUUUCUGGAAACGGUUUUAUUGUUAUUGUAGUCUUUAAAACAGUUUCUUUUGUAAAACUUUUUUUGUAUUCAGUCAUAGGCUUUGUAGUAUAGAGCAGAAAUGAUGCAGAUCGUUAUGUAAGGCAAUGUGUUUGUGACUAGCAAAAUACAAUGUGUGACUAUGCUGUAAAACGUGCAGUUAUCUGAUUACAAUAAAAUAUAAAAAUCGCUUGAAAGGAUUUUGGGAACGUUAUUACUAAUACUGGGUGAGAAAAAUUUUAUGCUUAAUUGUAAGUGACAUUUUCAUUCUUAUGUAGUUUUUACUGUAUUUCAAGAGAGUUCCAUUCUUAAUAGUGAAUCUGUUUAGCUAGACUGCAUGUUGCGGUACAUACUAUGAACAAUUUAUAACACAAAUGGUUUUGUUUUGACUUUUGAAGAGCAUCAAGUUUUAUACAAAGUGUUCUCAAGGAUAUUGUGUCUUUGCAUCUCAGUCUCUCUUUGCAAACUUAGUCACAGUAGGCUUAUCAACAAGAGUAUGUUUGUUACUCAAAUUAUGAUAAAAUUAAUGUGUAGGGGGGAAGCCACUUUGGAAGAGGAAUCUGUAUGUAUGCUUUAUUCAUAACAGUAUGAAUGCAUUUACCUGAAUCAUACUUCUACAGAAGAAUAAUGUUGCGAUAUCUAUGUGUUCUACUGAUCGUUCAAGUAUCUUGCCAUUGCAAGGAAGGAGACAUUUGUGCAAACUGGUUUAAAGCUUUCCACUGUGUAAUGCAUCAUUAUAAGCAUAUAUUUCUCCCAGUGGUUGGUUUGAAUAGAAUUUAAUUGUUCUCAGUGAUUAACUAUUUAAUUAGGAGACAUAUACAUGUUUUCCAGUUUAAGUAGCUGUUCACUUGUAGUAGAGUAAUACAGAUUUAGAAGGCAGGAUGAUGAAUUUGAAAAGUAACUGUUUGCAACACAACUCGGGCUAGAUUUGCUGAUUGAGUCCUAAGGUAAAACUGAUGAUGAAGUUAUUAGGAACCUUAUGAUUCAGAUUUUGUUGGUUAUGGAAGAUGAUGGAAAAGACCUAUUGGUUCUAUUCCUAUAAUAACAAGAAAUUUUUGGUUGCUGUUGUGUUUUUCCU